UUGAAGCUCACAGCCAUGAAUGAAACUCCUCCUCCUCCUCCUCCGAAUAACUACCGUCCCUACUGGUGUUACCAAUGCCAACAAAUAGUCCGAGUUGCUUCUGGAGGAAACCCAUCUGAUUUAGUUUGUCCUCGUUGUUUCGGCCAAUUUCUCCAAGAACAAGACACAGUGAGACCUAGACUUGUUUUUAACAUCCCAGGUCUUGAUAAUGACUCUGGUUCUCGGUUGUUAGAAGCUCUGUCUCUCAUGCUUGACCCCCCAACCCUUCCGCCGCAGCCGCCAGAGCCAUAUCCUCCUGUUCUUGGUUCAAGAGAUGGGAGGAGGGUUCCGGUACCAGUACCGGGGAAUGGAAUUGCAGCCCGUCCUCGUCUUCCUCAGUCAUGGAUUAUCUUCCGUCCCACUAACCGUGGUGGUGAUGAUGGUGGUGGUCGCCUUCCCAGAAUCAUUUUCCCUCCAGAAAAUCGUUUGCCCCUUUUGCUGAACUCUGAUCCCAGAAAUUAUUUCAUUGGACCUGGGUUGAAUGACCUAAUUGAAGAGCUUACACAGAAUGAUCGACCAGGCCCGCCUCCAGCUCCUGCUUCAGCAAUUGAAGCAUUACCAACAGUAAAGGUUCAACCACAUCAUCUAAAAGAUGAUUCUCUUUGUCCAGUUUGCAAAGAGGAAUUUAAAGUCGGCGAGGAAGCUAGACUGAUGCCCUGUACCCAUGUCUACCAUUCUGAUUGCAUUGUUCCCUGGUUGAGGAUUCACAAUUCUUGCCCUGUUUGUCGCCAUGAGCUUCUUCUUCCGGCUCCACCUGACAAUGAACGUAAUGUUAAUGCUGAUGAUUCUGAUGAGCACGAUAGAAGGAAUCGGCGGCGCUGCUGGAGGUGGAGUCAGCUAUCCUCUCUAUGGCCUUUCAGAUCACCAAAUUUGAGGUAUCAUCCACAUGUUAAUAAUUCUCAGGAUGACACCAUUCUUGCUACUCGUAGAGCAGCUAACUCCUGGUGGCGCUCCUGGUUUCUUCGCUAAACCUUUAUACGUUACUGUCUGUGAUAGAAGAGUUCACAUAUUCUUUAGGAUUGAUCUGUUCUUUAGUCAGGUAAGUGUUAAGCUAAUUUGAGCUGACACUUGGUUGAUUAUAUGUUGUGACUGCAAUUCUUUUAUAUCCAAUGUCUGCAGCACCUCUCUUUCUCUUCUGAGUUUCUCUGUAGAUUCAUUACAUAUUAAUACUUAUUUGGGAUGUAGUCUACUUCUCAUCA